UAUGGAUAAAAACUUAACGUUGCCCACGCGACGCAUUAUUAAUCAGGAUCGAACGACUUUGAUCUGACUAUAUACCGGAACUUCUGAUUUUAUUAUUUAAAUUAAAUUAAAAUUUUUUUAUUAAAAUAGAAAUUUGAAAAUUUCAUUUAAAAUGGCUUGUAAUUAUAAACACGUGACACAUUGUAUUUUUGACAUGGAUGGACUCCUCCUUGGUUCUUCCUAUAAGAAUACAAUAAUUUUUAGACUUGAUGAGAACCGUAAAAGACACAGAAAGGCUAUAUACUGAAGCAUUUAAUCGUAUCACUAAUGCUCAUGGAAAACAAUUCACAUGGGAACAUAAGGCACAAACAAUGGGUUUUAAAACAAGAGAAGUCUCAUUGUGGACAAUUGAACAUUUGGAAUUGCCAAUAACUCCAAAUGAAUUUGAAAAACAACUUUUAAAAUUAUACGAGGAAUUAUUUCCACAAUCACAAUUUUUACCAGGCGCAGAAAGACUUUUGAUGCAUUUGAAAGAAAAUAAUAUUCCAAUUGCAUUGGCAACAAGUUCAAGCAAGGAUAGUUUUGAAUUAAAAACAAAAAAAUUAACAGACGUUUUCAAUUUAUUUCAUCAUAGAGUUCUAGGUGGUUCUGAUCCUGAUGUAAAAAAGGGAAAACCUAAUCCCGAUAUAUUUUUGGUUGCGGCUGAUCGGUUUCCUGAUAAGCCAGAUCCUUCGAAGUGUCUUGUCUUCGAAGACGCUCCUAACGGAGUUGAAGCAGGAAUUUCUGCAGGAAUGCAAGUUGUUAUGGUGCCAGAUCCAAAUUUACCAAAGAGAUUUACAGAAAAAGCAACAAUGGUAAUAAAUAGUCUAAUUGAUUUUAAACCUGAAGAAUUUGGUCUACCACCGUUUAAAAAUUAAAACAAAUUUUUCUCACAAACUAAUAAAAAAAAAUUAGACAAAAUAAUAUUGUAAUACAUUGUCACAUAAUCCUACAUAUAUAUAUAUAAAAAAAGUAACAAAAUUAUUACCUUUAUUUUGUAAUAAAUACUUUUAAUUAAAUUAUUUUUCAAUACUGGAUAUAGUUGACAAAAAAAAAAAAAUAUGUAAAUAAAGAAAAAGUUUAUCUCAAAUAUAA